AGCAGCUGGAAGGCUGAAAACAUGAAUUUUCCACAUAGAUAUAAUUAUAGACAAAGAGGAUGGCAAUAAGAGCACUCUGGAGAAGUGAGAAUAACUUUUGAAAAGGAAAGCAAAUCAAGCCAGAAAUCAAAAUAUUUUCCAUUUCCUUCAGAAAAUUACACAAUUGUCCCAUCCCAGCAGGCGAAAGGCAAGAGAAAAUCAAGAAGAGAUUUCAAGCUGGAAAUAGUAGAGUAUGCAGAACAGAAGGAUAGGUUACAUGACAAGGUGGAGGGGAUCAUUUUUCCAUUCAGAAAAAGAGGGAAAUAUCUGGAAGUCAGGGGUGAAGAAAAGAUCAAUUGGAUAUUCAAAUAGGGCAGACAGCAAUGCAAAACUCCCAAUGGGAGGAAAAAAACAGGUGAAAUCAAAGCACCACUAAACAAGGGACCACAUACAUUUUUUACUUCCUCCAGCAUAUCAGUGGAUUGCAAAAGCAUAGGUGAUUAUGUACAACAGGAUCCAAACUGGAAUAAAGGCAUACAAAUGCUACUAAUGUAACAAAAUCUUUGGUCAGAAUAUCUCCUUUCUGGUUCAUAAAAGGAUCCACACAGGACAGAUGCCCUAUAAGUGCUCCCAAUGUGGUAAAUGCUUUACCAAGCAAAGUAAUUCACACAGAGAAACCAUAGGAGUGUCCAGUUUGUGAAAAAAAAAGUUCCCCUGUAAAUUACUAUCUGGUGAAACACCAGAUGUGUCACACCGGAGAGAAACCUUUUGAAUGUUCGGAUUGUGGGAAAUGUUUCAGUUUCAGUUCCAAACUGGUGAAACACCAGAUGUCUCACACAGCAGAGAAACCCUUUGAAUGUUCAGAUUGUGGGAAAUCUUUCACCCGGAAUUACAACCUGAUGACACAUCAGAGGACUCACACAAGAGAGAAACCCUUUGAAUGUCCUGAUUGUGGGAAAAGUUUCAGUCAGAAUUCCAGCCUGGUGAUACACCAAAGGACUCACACAAGAGAGAAACCCUUUGAAUGUCCUGAUUGUGGGAAACGUUUCAGUUUCAGUUCCAGCCUGGUGAGCCACCAGAGGUCUCACACAGGUGAGAAACCAUAUGAGUGUCCACUUUGUGGGAAAAGUUUCAGUCAAAAUUCCAACCUGGUGGACCACCAGAGGACUCAUACAGGAGAGAAACCAUAUGAGUGUCCAGUUUGUGGGAAACGUUUUAUUAGAAAUUCCGACCUAGUAAAACACCAGAGAACACACACAGGAGAGAAACCCUUUGAAUGUCCGGAUUGUGGGAAAUGUUACAGCCAGAGUUCCAGUCUGGUGACACACCAGAGGACUCACACAGGAGAGAAACCCUUUGAAUGUUCUGAUUGUGGGAAAAGUUUCAGUCACAAUUCCCACCUGGUGAACCACCAGAGGACUCACACAGGAGAGAAACCAUAUGAGUGUCCAGUUUGUGGGAAAAGUUUUAUUACAAAUUACGACCUAGUAAAACACCAGAGGACACACACAGGAGAGAAACCCUUUGAAUGUCCGGAUUGUGGGAAAUGUUACAGCCAGAGUUCCAGUCUGGUGACACACCGGAGGACUCACACAGGAGACAAACCCUUUCAAUGUCAUGAUUGUGGAAAAUGUUUCAGUCAGAAUUCCCACCUGGUGACACAUCAGAUGACCCACACAGGGGAGAAACCCUUUGAAUGUCCUGAAUGUGGGAAAUGUUACAGCCAGAGUUCUAGUCUGGUGACACACCAGAGGACUCACACAGGAGAGAAACCCUUUGAAUGUCCUGAAUGUGGGAAAAGUUUCAGUUCUCGUUCUAACCUUGUCAUACACCAAAGGACUCACACUGGAGAAAAGCCCUUUGAAUGUCCUGAUUGUGGGAAAGGUUUCAAGAAAAGUUCUAACCUGGUAAACCACAAGAGGAUUCACACAGGAGAGAAACCAUACGAGUGUCCAGUUUGUGGGGAAAGUUUCACUGCAAAUUCUGACCUGGUGAAACACCAGAGGACUCACACAGGAGAGAAACCCUUUGAAUGUCCUGAUUGUGGGAAACGUUUCAGUUUCAGUUCCAACCUGGUGAGACACCAGAGGACUCACAAAGGAGAGAAACCCUUUGAAUGUCCUGAUUGUGCAAAAUCUUUCAAUGUGAACUUUAACCUGGUGAAACAUCAGAGGACGCAUACAGGAGAGAAACCGUAAAAGUGUCCAGAUUUGGAAAAGAUUUCAGUAUUAGUCACACAGGGGAGAAACAUUUGCAAUGUCCAAUCUGUGAACGAUUCUUCAGGUGUAAAUCAUCUCUUAUUGCACACAAGGAAGUGCACAUGAAGCAAACGAUGAGUUUAGAGAAAUCUUGAAUUUCAUUUCUGAUUUCCCAUUGAGAGUAUAGGUGAGAAAUUGACUACUUCAAUUCUGGCCUCAUUCUUUUUAGUCAACAGAUCUCGGGAUUAGACCUGAAGAUGGAGAGAAAAAUAUGGAAAAUAUUACUUUGAUAUAGACUAACUACCUAUUUCUGAGCAGUAGUUUCUGUUUGCAGAAGAUGUGAAAUUCCCCAGCUAAUGUACAGUUAGUCCUUGGGAUACAGUUGUAAAGAUACCUACCAAUUAUGGUUGGGAGCCUGCUUUGCUUAAUUACCCCAUGUCCCUGCUAUUCCUGAUGCAGCUGUUAAAUGAAUGUGCAAGUCAUUCAACAACACUGGCUGCCUUACUGUUGGGGGAAAUUCUUGGUAGUCCUGGAUUUACAACUGUAAUUUAGCCUGCAAUUACAGUUGUAAAUCAAGACGGUCAUUAAUGGGUCAUCACACAAUGUGCCCAAUUUUAUAACCUAUUUUGUGGCAGCACAGAAGGAAGUGCACAUGAGGCAGACAUUGAUGAGUUUAGAGAAGGCUUGAAUUUCAUUUCUGAUUUCCCAUUGGGAGUUUAGAAAUUCUGGCCUGAUUCUUUUUAGUCAAUACAUCUUAGAAUUAGACUUCUGGUGUAGAGAAAAAAAAUGAAAAUUGUUAGCUUGAUAAAGGCUAAUGACCUGUUUCUAAUUAUCAGCAGACAUUUCUGGAUGUUUCCUUUUAUAGAACUUGUGGAAUUCCUCAAACAGGGUUUUCUGUAGUAGAGUUUUGUGUGAUGUUUUUGUAUAUUGAUUAUGAAAAUCCAACAUACAGAAUUUCAGCCUUCUUUGUUGUGCUCCAGAUUUUGAUCCCUACAUUUUCCCUGCCAGCAUACCAGUAGUCCUCAAGUUACAACUGUAAUGGAGCCUGUCAAUUAUGGUUGCACAUUGCAAAAGCCAUGAAGUGAGACUGGUUUGGUUAGUUACCUCCACUCUCCGUGAUGCAGCCAUUAAACAGAUGUGCAACUCACUAAGUUGAACACUAGUAGGGAACGUCUUGGAGGCCUAGCGCAAGCCUAGACUUGCCUCUCCCCAACAGGGAUCCCUAGGUCUCCCCCACCCACAAGACACCCUGUGCUCUGCUUCCCAACCCUUGGUUCCCCCAGAGCUUUUCCUCCCUUACAGGACCCCAGGCUUUUCUCCCGCCCCAUGGUCCCCACAGGUAUUUCCCCCAUGAUCCCCCUGGCCUCUGCCCCACAGUAUUUGGGGGGCUGGCACAAAGAAGCCGGGGUCAAAUUAUUCUCCAAAGCACCAGAGGGCAAGACAAGAAACAACGGUUGGAAACUAAUCAAAGGGAGAAGCAACCUGGAAGUAAGGAGAAACUUACUAACAAUGCGGACAAUUAAACAGAGUGUUAUGUGCUCCUGGCUACUUUCCUUCAUGACCAGAGGGAAGCUCACCUGACCAAUAACCAGCCAAGGCCUUUUAUUUCAUUUAUUGCAAUAAGCGAGGAGAGAAGCUAGCAAAGCUUGGUUCUCUCCAAAGUUCCAAUCCAAAAUAUUCCUUCUUUAUACAACCCUGUCAGGGCUGCCACAUCCCUCC